AUGUUUGAUAGGCUGUGGCUGAAGGUAGUUCUCCUUCUACUCUCAUGCCGCGCGGUCGAGUUCCUUCCUAACGUCAUCCUAGGAGUCGGAAGAUAGAAUCGCAAGUUCAAAAGUGACCCUUUUUUUUUACUUUCAACUUCAUUUCAUUUCUGAUGGCAAUGAAAGUUGGACAUUACAGUAGCAUCCUCCAUCCUCUUGUUGGUUUUUCGACUUUGACCUAUGUCUUAAGAAGUUCACUUGGUGUUUUUUUUUUACUUCUUCUGUAGAACUAAUUUUCGACAAUUCCAAUAAAAAAAUGAAGUUCAAAAGGGGAACAGAAUUUUUGAACGCUUUAACCAUUGCCAAAAUAAAAAAUCGUUUUAAGGUUUAAAAAACUCAAGUUUCACUGAUAGAGAGGGCUUUAAAAAAUCAUAAAUGGAAAUCCUUCCAGAACUUUUUUGUCUAGUGCAGAGAAAGAUGGAAUAAGUGUAAUUCAUGCAAAUGUGGCAUACGAUUAUUUCACGGAAAAAACUAUGAUUGCUUUUUACAGUUCUCUGUACUGUCAGUGAAGCGCUAUCUUUUUAAAAAUGAAAUAUGAGAACCUCGAAAAAAAGACUUAUACGAUUUUCAACGUCUUCUUUCCCUUAUUGUAUGAUAUAGAAAAGAAUUUCUAAAAUUUCAAUGAAAGGAAAGAUUUUUUCCAAUCAAAUAAAGCUUAUGAAGUUCACAGAAAGCUUAAGGUAAUGGGUGCCAACUCGAGUCGACGCGAUGAAGGCGGCGGCGAAAAGCACGUGGGCUGUUGUCCCUGGAGGACGUAGGUUUUCGCGUUUUCGGAUAUUCUGUAUUCAUUGGAAGAUCAUUUUGCACUUUUUGCACAUGAUAAACUGAAAAAUUUUUUGGGUCGUGAAGUUCAAUAAUGUAUUCAGGAGCGCAGGGGAGGAUAAGGCGGCGGUCGCUCUCCGACGUCCCACAAAACUUCCUUCCAAACUUCGAAACAAGUAAUAAAUUCAUCAUCAAAGGGAAAAAUGAUGGUUUUGAACAUGAUUAAGUUUUUAAAACAAAAUUUCGGUGUCCAUAGGAACAGUCCCUAUAGGGCCAACCUUAGAAGCUUUUGGAGGUACCCUUGAGGGACUACUUUACUAACCACUAUAGGGGCCGCUAAAUUUGCAAAAGUGGUCCCUAUAGGGAUUUUAGUUAGUGAUCACUAUAGGGAACAUACUAGUCGAUAAUUUUAAUGAAGAUUAAGCGAAGAAGCAUUUCCAUGGGAAAAUCUGAAUAGUUAAGCGUUUUCAAAUGAAAAUUGAACGCCCCCUUUAAGGACUACUUAAGCUUCAGGGGCUAAGGGGCUAGACCCUAAACCUCUAUAAGGAUCAUCAUGAUCUUAUCCCUGUAGGGACCACUUUUUCGGUCCUUAUAGGGCUCUUUUCUCUCUCUCUAAUCCCUAUAGAGACCCCUCUGAAAUUCCCAAAACCAAAUUUCGAUCUUAACGCGUUUAAGACAGCAAAGGAUUUGGGCUCACUGCGUAAAGCUUUUUUUUUUCAAAUUUCCAUUUAUUUUAUUCAGUCAGUUUAGGUUUCUUAAAUGGGGGGUUCUCUUUGAUUUUUUUCUUCCCAAUUUUUUUAUCUUCGAUGAAAUAUGAAAAAGUAUUGUAAAAUCUAUAUUUGAUAGAAAAAGCGUUCUUUGCACUCUUGUUCGAAUUUUUCUCUUUCUCUUGUUUGUACAUCUCCGAUUCCUUCAAAUGCACCACAAACACGUUGGCGCCUUUCAGAUUCUUCCCAACUUUCCAUCCUUUUUCCACAAAAACGCGGGUUGUUACAAAAUAAAGAAUUUAUAGUAUUUAUUGAAUAGAACUACGCUCCCAGAUGUCUUUCCUAAUUUUUCGCAAUAGAUCUCGUUUUCGAGUUAGGACACUUUCAAAGCUUGAAAUAGCGCUUUUCUUCAUAAUUUACGUAUUUUGCGGGCUUAGAAGCUUCAUAACUCGAAAAAAGAUCUAUUUCGAGGAAUUUGUUUUCUUGUUCUGCAAUCAGGAGGUCCUAAAGUACACUUCAGCGAAGUUUCAUAAAAGUUUAAAUCGGGUCUAAAAAAGUAGAUCCAACUUGUAAGUUUCUAUUUGGAAAACUGUGUUCCGCAGGCUUGGCUUUUUAGAUCUUUAGCUAGUAAAUUUCGGUGAAUUUUCAUGAAAUAUUAAAAAAAAAAUGUUUGAGAUACUUUUUACUUUGGUUUAAUUGGACUUGUGCUGAGAUUGAAAUGGCUAGAAAAGUCAAUUUUUUUUUUGUACCAUUUUUUUUUCGAUUUUUAAACAGCUCACUUUUUUUUCGAGCCGUUGUUGAUCCAGAGGUUUGAACAACAACGUCAGUUUCAGGAUUCGGAAACAAGAAGACAGAUCUCGCGAAUGGGAAGAGAUCCCGACGCCUUCUGUUUGCGACCAUCGCGACACAAUCACCGAGGAGACGCCUCUGUCCGCACUUCCACAGGACCGCCUCAUGCACGUUCGUUUUAUGACUUUCUAGUUUCUGAGGCGUACUUAGGAACUGUAGAGUGGUCCCUAUAGGGGCCACCUUAAAGGCCUUUCGAGGGUCCCCUCUAGGGACCACUUGAACAACUCCUAUAGGAGCUACUAGAGCUUGCAAAAAUGGUCUCUUUUCUGAAUAAAAUUGAAAGACCCCUAUAGGGACCACUUAACCUUUAGCGACUAUGGGGUCAGACUCCAUACCCCUAUAGGUACCACCUUGAUUUUACCCCUCAUAGGGACCACUUUUCCGGAUCCUAUAGUGGCUGUUUUUCCCCUAAUCCAUAUAGAGACCACUCUAAAAUUCCUUAGUUCGUCUGGAUUUUUAACGUCGAUAAAUGAGCAGCCUUGUUUUUAAUAAUGAGUUACAUUUUUAUAGUUUUUGCUCUUUUAAGUACAAGUUUAAAGUGCCUUCUUUUUAGAAAUGUAAGCAGAAGAAAAUUUAAAUUUCAUUCGGAAGCAUUUUUUUCAAAUAAAAAUCAGAGUUUUUCCAUAUGUUCCAAACGUACUGUGAGAACAUCAGUACAAUCUGAUGUUAUCGCAAUAAAUUUUAUUACUUUUUUUGUUCUUUUUCUAAUCUCCUUUUCUCACCGUCCAUAUAUAUACCCAGAAGCUUUAUGUUUCUUUUUCAUGGUCACGGAUUUUUUUCCUUCAAGACCUGUUUUCCCAAAAUACUCUCUUUUUUUUCGUAAUUGUUUAUAGGGUUUAAAUUUUGUACUAUUUUCGAUAAUCGUUUUUGUGAAAAAAUUUUUUGAAUAAUUUCCUUCCUUAAGAGAUUAUUAAGACUUUUUUUUUUGCGUGUUUACUCUAUUAGAAGGCUUUAACACAGUAUUUUAAUCAGGUCUACUUUUUUUUACUGUUUUUUUUUUUCGUAAAUUGCUUCCUACUCACUGCUUCAGUUGUUAGUUUUGUUUGAAAUGGGUAAAUUUUUUUAAAAAAUCGCUUCUGAGGAAUUCUAGAGUGGUCCCUAUAGAGGUCUUUCAAUUUCAUCCGACGAACGCUUAUUUAUUUAAUUUUUCGCAUGAAAAUGCUUCCUAGAGUGCAUACAAUUAACGAUUAGCAUACCCCUAUAAGGACCACUAACUAAAACCCCUAUAGAAACUAUUUUUGCAGCUUUAGCGGCUCCUAUAGGGGUUGGUAAAGUGGUCCCUAGAGCACUCUGGAGUUACUAAGCUAUCUUGCAGAAUUUAUGAUCAGAAAAGAAUGAAAAAAAAAAUCUGCAACUUUGACUGCAAACAAAAGUGUUUGUUGUUAUUUGUCCUCUGAGGAAACAACUUCGAGUCAUGUUAUUUAGUCGAGAGACCGGUUUUUGUAUUGAUAGCCAUGUCAGCUGUUUAUCUAAAAAGUCCCCCGCAUCAUUUUCCCAAAGCGUGCAUGAAACUUGUGAGUCAGUUCCUGCCUCAACCUACUAGAAGCCGAUUUUGAGCCAGUUGCAGAUUAUCAACUGCUUUCCGUACCCAACGACGAGGUCGGCCGAAUCUCCGACUCCCGAAAUGGUUGCCGCCAUAGCCGCCCACGACCUCGAACACCGCGCCUUCGUCGACGCCUUCGGCAAACUUGUCCAGGUUAUUUUCUCUCUUCAUUUAUGAAUCUCAUUUUCUGUCUGAAUCAUGUUUUUUUUAAUAGAUCCAUGCUGAUUUGGAAGUAGAGGGGAAAAAUCAAGAAAAAAAAGUUUAAAAUUGGAAAAAUUCUUGCAAUAAGUUGUUUUGAUUUUUUACUCUUUGCAAGAUACUAUAGGUUUCACGAAAAGUAUAAAAAACGCCUUCAUUCAUUCUAGAAUGCUCAUGGUUUGAUCGCCUUCCUUUUUCUCGGAAUACACUAGAGUUUCCCAGUUUUCGCGGCGCCCUUUUUCAGGCUUAAGUGAGUAUUUAAUUAGCGUGGAAGAAAAGAACGGAAACGCAUAAUGCCGUCGAUCGAUCCAUCAAGAACUCCUAUCACAUCAGGCCGGUCUGUCGGUUAUCAGAGCACGCGGUUUCGACUCGAGUGCGAGAGAGUCGCACGCACCGCGGAAAAACCUGAGGUGAAGGCGGAGCCUGGGAUUGUUUGGUACGAUUUCGAUCGUCAUAAGCAGUCCCUUCUAUGACACACUGGCCGCGCGUUGCGCCGCUAGCCAAAAUGCCCUCGUUCGACCUGUGCCGACUGGACGAAGGCGAACCCCUCGAAGACCUCAGAAUCGCCCACCGGCCUCCCACCAACCGCCGUCAGCACUUCCAACAUGCGUUGAAGGUGGCCGCGCUCGCCUCCCGGAUCACCGAGGGCUGGCAUCGACGCUACCACGAAGCCAGCUUCGACCUCGGCAGACGCAUCGGCGUCGGCAAACGCUCCUUGUCCUGCUGCGACGAUGUCAGUCUAUGAAUGGUACAACACGAGGCAUUUGCAGCCUUUAGACAGUUUUCGAUUCAACUUUGGGCUCAGAAUGAUGCUGUUAAUUUCAUGAUACCUCAACCACUUAUGCUUGAGAAAAAGCGCUAGAUCUUCAUCCAUAGGGUGGAAAAAGGCUCCAUAGAAAUUUUCUUUUCACGCUGACGAAGGCCUCUUUUUGAUGCCUUUUUGCAUCAUUUUUGCUGCCUCUCCCUUUUUUCACCAUUUCUCGAGCCCUUAAAAUCUCAGAAAAACGGAAGGCUCGAUAAAGGGACUCUCUUUGCAGCCUUUCUGCGACCUUUUUUGAGCCUCUCCCUUUCCACCAUUCCGACUUUGCCCGAGUCAGAUGAUUUACGUUGCCGAAACACACAUCUUUGAUACGAUGUCAAUCAAAUUUUGAAUAGUCUAGAACUAGAUACCCCUGAAAGAAAAUCGAUAUUCAAAGUUUGAAAUUUGGGGGUAGUGGUCAACGUAAGAAUUUUGUUAUUCAGUUUUUCAUCACUCCUUUCAUCUUCUGUUACUUCUUCUCUAUCUUACAUUAAAAAAGUUUUUCUGAAGAUGGUGAAUAUCUCAAACAGAAAGAGAGAUUUACAAGUCAGCUUGUGUACUGUGAGUAGUCAAAAUAGGUCAUCCUUCAUUCUUAGAAUCGUUUAUGAGAUCGAGGCUAUUGAAUCUGAAAGCUCUAAUUUGUUACUCUGCAAGUCUUUGAACUGAUUCGCGAUUACUUUCAAGUCCGACCAGAUUAAAAUGCAACCAUAGAUGAGUUUAAAAUAAAACUUUAGAUAAUCAUUUCAUAUAGAAAAUAAGAAACAAAUCUGCAGGUUUCGGUGGAAACAAUGGCCAUCACAGCGCUGCCGAUGGAUGUUUGGCUGAAAGAGCGUCUGAAGAAAUGGGUGCAGCUAUCUGGACACGAAGGUGCGUCUCGUUUCACGUUUUUCUCCAACUUUUUAAAGCCGACGUAGGCCGCCGUUGCCAUUUCUCGAUAAGUCGCUGCCUAGGGCAAAGCCGCAAUGGCAAAAAAGCCUUUGUAAGAAAAAGAACGUGUAAAAUUUGGAAUCUUCUAAAACCUUGUAUAAUCGUUGCUUUCGAAGCUUCCAGGUUACUCGAAAUUUCUGAUUUUGUGCCAGGGGAAAUUUAUUUUCUCAGCGGAUCCCUAACCAUAAAACUGAAACUUUUCGAUUAAACGAAGGAUUUAACUGGGCUUCACAACCCCUGAACGUUAAGACAAUUAAUUAAAAAAUUGCGGAAACCAAGGUUAAAUGAAAUAUGAAAAAAACAACUUUUUUCGCCUAACUUUUGCAACGUGGUAUUACAAUCACCACAUAAUGACGCGGCUUAUUUCAUCCCAAAUACUUGACGGGCAUGCCCGGGAAUGCCCCUCAUUUUUUUCCACCUCUGUCAACUAUUAACAACACGAAGCCAAUAAGUUCAAACUCAAAAAAGUUACUCAUUUGAGAUUUCAGAGGCAAAAUUUCAAUUAUUAUUAUUUUAAAGCAUCUCAAAUGCUCCAUUUCAUCUUGAUUGACCCUUUUGAUCUCCAAAUUUUUUUCUCAUGGUUUCCGGUUCUGCUUGAAUGUCACUCAUCAUGAUGAAAGGAAGGUAGUUGGAAAAGAGUUGUUGAUUCAUUGAAGUAAGCGAGAAAGAGAAAACGAUGGCUUGUGACACGGAUUAUCGACUCAUCGGACGGUUAUCGCGACGCUCUACAGCACAGCUUAUGUCCUCAAAUAUAUAUUUUUUCUUUUUUCUCGCGGGAUUAUUUUCAUCCCUUGCACAGUCGGCAGAUUUUCAGUAGAGUGGAAAAUUGUCUAUCUGGGUUUUUUGUUAUAAUCUUCAAAACAAAGGUUAGAUUUGCGGUAAAAGUUUUGUAAUUUGAAGAGAGCAAAAUCGAGAUUUAGAAUCAUUUUUUUAAAGGCUUUUUUGUUUUCUAGUUAAAAAAUGAAUUAUUAACUAUAUAAGGACGGUUUGAACUGGGGUAACCUCUCAUUUUCCUUUUCAUGAAUUGUUUUCAAUAUUUUUUUUACGAGAAGUCGACUUCGGUCAAAAAAUGGUCAAGGCGCUGAAGAUCUCAAAAAAAAAAUUGGCAAAAAAAAUUUAAUCAAGAAGGGAUCGAACCUGCAUCAUAGAUUUACAGCGCAAGGCCACUAGCCACUACACCACACCACCUGCUGGCAGCCGCCGCAAGAGAUUCCCUCCUUCCAUCCAAUGCAUUUUUCGCGUGCAAACUUUGAGACGCCAUAACUUGGCUAGAACACAAAAGGCGCACUUUUUUUUGACUUUAUUGGAAUCAGGGUGUCCUAAAGUACCUAUAUACCAAGUUUCAUUAACCUUUUGCACAAGGAUAUGAUCAAAGACGUUUCUAGUGCUCAAAAAACAGAAAUUAUGGAUUAUUUUCAAUAUUAAAAAGAAGCAUUUCAGGGAGCAUCGUUCCUGCGACGAAACACACCCUUUACAAGAAACAGUGCUCGAACUGCAGCGAGUCCCGUGCCUACGAGUCCAUUUCUCGAGACCCCGCACUUUCCGGCUUCACUCCGACCUACUACAAACAGCUCGAGAAAAACGAAGAGUGUACGUAUUUCCCUCUUUUCCAGUUGUUAACCAAGAAUCUUCAGAUUUCAUCGAGAUCGAAGAUUUGUUGCAACAAUUCGCUGAUCCAACUAAAACGGCCAUCAUGGACAUCAAAGUUGGCACACGGUGAGUGUUCAAGCAUUGAUAACGCUUCUCAGUAUUUGCUUUCAGAACGUUUCUCGAAUCAGAAGUAUCAAACUCUAAAAAGCGGGCCGACUUGUAUGAGAAAAUGAUUGCCAUCGAUCCAGAAGAACCAACGGACGAGGAAAGAAAGUAAGUUCUGAACACUUGGAAUGGUUCCAAUCUGAUGUGCAGGAGCCAGUCGAUAACCAAACUACGGUACAUGCAGUUCCGCGAGCGCGAAAGUAGCAGCGCCAAACUUGGCUUUCGGAUCGAAGCCGGCAAAGUUAGUUCGUUCUGAAACAAUAUUUUUGGUCAUGAUAAUCAGUUAUAGAAGUUCAGUUCCCAAAACUAAGUCUAGAUGUAAAUAAUUUUUUUCGUAUUCAAACAUAGAGAAAACUGUAAAAGAAGGCUCAACAACUAUGACGUGAAAAAAGAUGAGAAUAAAAGCGCCGCGCCCAUAUUUCUCCGUGAAAUGUAGUGUGUAGUGUGCAUGCACUGCGGCGCUCUCGCACAUUCCCUAUUCAAAGUAAUUUUCGCGAAAUUCAAAGUUAUCUCGGAGUCUCCAAAACUCAGUUAUUUUUUUCAAUUUCUGGCGGCUAUUUUGAAUUUCGCGAAAUCACUUUGAACACGGCAACAAAAAAGUGGCGUUUUUCUCAAUGAGAAACCGAUUCGUCUCAUGACCCAUUAAACAUGCGCCUUUAAUAUUUCUUGUUUUUUACGCUUGUCUCCCAUGACGUCACAUUUUGAUUUCCUAUUUCCUUCUACUAAAACGCCGUGUAAAACGUUCUGUGACGUCACGAUGAUUCGAAGAAAAAAUCUUCACGAAAUUCCUCAUUUUAUCUGUGAGUUAUGUUCUUAAAACUGUUGUAGAUUCAAGUCAAUUAUCGCAGUAUCUUAAAUUUUUUGGUUUCAGUUGCUCCUUUUUCAUUUCAUAUUGAACCAGUUUUUCUAUAUUUUUCCUUGAUUGACUAAAAAAAUUCAAUUUUUUAACUGACUUUUGAUGAUUCAGACACUGGAUGGAUCUCUGGAAAAGAACUUCAAAAAAGUUCGAACGAUAGAAGACGUCGCUUCGACUUUCAUCGACUUCUUCGGCGUCGAGCGGACCCGAGUGCGGAGACAGCUUGUCGCGCGUCUGAAGGCCAUGCGGGCAGCCAUCGAGAAGUCCAACUUCUUCCAGAACCACGAGGUUUGCCCCUCCUCCCAGCGUCUCAAAAUAAGUGACUUCGAGGUGGUCGGCAGCAGUAUAUUGAUCAUGUACGACGAAGACAAGGUCGGCUGCUGGAUGAUCGACUUCGCGAAGACGUCGGCCGUCGUCGGCAAGACGCUCGACCACCGCACAGCCUGGGUCCCUGGCAACAACGAGGAUGGUUACCUCGUCGGUAUCGAUAACCUUAUCAAGGUAUGUUUCCCAGCUCUUAUCUUUUUUCCUUUAACCCUUUAGAAAAUUCAUCGAAAUGAGAUGUAUUGCAAGUUCAAAUUUUAGUAUUCAGAAAUAAGCCCAAAUCAAUUUUUCAUGCUAGUUUCAGUCUCAUCUAGUAGAAAAAAUCGUUUAGAAUUGACCGAAUUUCACUUUGAGGUCUUUGUUUUUACAGUUUUGUAGAGCAAAAAUUAACAAAAGCUGUGUUUACAAUAGUGUUUUUUCGCAAAACGUGACAGUCUCGCCCGGGUUUUGGAUUCAAAUCUAUCUUUUGUUUUGUUGUUUUCGUCGUAGAUGUAAUCGACUAGGCGAACAAGAACUUUCAAAACUAUAACGAAGCCUUUGGCGAACUAAAAGUCCAAACGUGUAGUUGAUCAAAUUGAAAGCAUGGCCUCACGGUCUUUCGCCUCGCUUCUUAAGUUGCACCUUGACGAGCUCAAAAAAAAGCGGAGGUGGAUUCCGUAGACCGUGCCCUAGUUGUAAGUCUCGAAAGGAGAGCAGCCAAAUCGAGACUGAAAACGAAAAACAUCAAAAAAAAAACCUUGGAAUGAAAUGUUUUCACUUGAAGGUCCUGGAAGAGAUGCCGGACUUUGGACAACUACCAAAUGAAGAAACUCUGGUGACAGAAGAGGUGGUCGCAAGGUUGCGGGAGUCCGCCAAACACCUCUCUAGUUGA